AACCCAGAACUGUACUAUAUAUACGAUCAAUGGUUUUACUGUCGAACGAUAAAUCAAUCUACAUAGUUACCUACAUUGUUUAACAUAUGGGUAGCCAUCACGUACCGCGCAUAUCCUAACAGACUUUUCCAGGGGUUAUACAGAAGUACGAAGCGUCGAUAAUCCAAAUCUGUCGGCUCGUUUUGUCUGUGCAAUAACAUUAUAAGCAUACUCAGUAACUACGCCGUAUUAAUAUCAGCAAUAGACAUAUACAUAGAAAAUGAGCAGUGACGCAUUGCUAACAUCUAUAUAUGACGUAUCCACUCCAAACUUUUUGAUAGAUCUAGAUAUUUUAAAUGAAAAUGCCAAGAAGAUGUUGACGACAGCCAGGGAAUUAGGGGUAGAAUUGCGACCUCAUGUCAAAACACAUAAAUGUCGUGAAAUAGGUACUAUCAGCACUGGAGGAACUAAAUCAAGGAUCAGUGUCUCAACAAUAAAAGAAGCUUUGUUUUUCUCUAAUGGAGGAUUCACGGAUAUUCUAUAUGCCGUACCUAUCACAGAUCACAAAAUAAAAGGCUUUCAAGAUAUAAUAAAAGAAGUACCGAGUUUAAAGUUGAUGUUUGAUAGUAUGUAUGGUCUAAAAUGUAUGAUUAAUAAUCCACGUAAUGAUGGUCAACCCUGGGCAGCCAUCUUAGAUAUAGACUGUGGCUACGGUAGAACCGGAUUAGAAUGGGAUGGAGAAGAAGUUUUAUCUGUUGCUAUGGAAGCCAAUGAAAGUAAAAAUAUAAACUUUUUGGGUUUAUAUACUCACUGUGGGAAUUCAUACGAUGCGAAAAAUGUUGAAGAGAUCCACAAAGUUGUCGAUGAGACUUGCGACAGAAUCGCCUCUGUUGCUAAACGCCUAGAAGAACACGGCAUUAAAUGUGAAACUGUUGGCAGCGGUUCUACGCCAUCUUGUAAUCAACCAACACAGAAAAUGGCGAAUCUCACUGAAAUACAUCCUGGUGGUUAUAUAUUUAAUGAUUAUGGUCACACUUUAAAUGGAGCGUGUACAAUAAGAGACAUCGCUGUCAAGGUAGCAGCAAGAGUUAUCUCCCACAAGAAGUCUAAAAAUCACCUCCUCAUUGACUGUGGUUUUCUCGCUCUCUCUUUCAAUGGUUUUGAAGAAGUUGGUAAUUAUGGAGACCUGUGUGCUUUUCAAGAUCAUCCCGAUUUAAGGUUAAAGGGCUUAACACAGGAGCUAGGGAAAGUGACUCUGAAGGAUGGCGUUUUAGAUUUUGAUAAAUAUCCAAUUGGUACAAUGUUAUUUAUUUAUCCUUUCCAUUGUUGUAAUACUGGUACAAACUUUCACCAUUACUACGUACAUUCUGGGGACAAGAUAGUUGAUGUGUGGACUCCAGUUCGAGGUUGGUGAUCGGGGACCCCUCAACAGCAACCGAAACAUUCCGUAGUUACGUGAACUGGCCUAUUUAACAUCUUCUGUCAUGGGCAGCAACCACGCAUUUACUAGAUUUAAUUCUGCACUGAAUAAAUUUUAAUUUAUCUCUC